GCAUGUGUAUCCACUAGUGAGUGGCAUUUCAUUGUGUAAUAUUGGUCUGCAUGGUGGAAUAGCUCUCCUUUGGUUCAAUUACUAUACUUCAGAAAAGCUGACAGAAGUAGGCUACACUGUCUUCCCAGGAUUGUUUAUUUCCAGGACAAGAAUCCUGAGUAAGGAAGCCACUGUUAUAGGUUUCAUCAUGUCAGUCAAUAACAGAAUAGAGCACCUGCUUGAAGUCUUUUGUGUACUUCGGUUGAUGCACGUAGUAUCAGCUCUCUAACUAUUGUAAUGUAGGAACUGAAACCCAGGGUUGUAAUCAUUAGCCAAACAGUUAAAACGAAUUUCUAUUGGACAAAUUCAMGUAGGUCUCUCGCCGUUUUUGUUUUGUUUGCUUCUGUUUAAGAAAUGUUUUGCAACCGAAUCAGUGGGAGGUGGUUCUUCAUCACUCCUGAUCGUCCACUUAGUUAUAGCCUGCAACUUGCCAGUGGCUAUAACCUAAAUCAUGAAAUAGGCUUACAAAAUCCAAUGCCUGAAGUAAGACUCCCUUAGCUAAAACUGAACUGUCAAGAGUGGGAACAACCAAUGUAUUAUUUCUGGCCUGGGAGACAGUGACAGAGCACCAGUGUAAAUGGGAUUUAAUCCUGGUUGUCUCUGCUAAGAGCCUUUCAGUUGAAUCCUACACUCAGGAGGGAAUAGGUGUCACAUUUGUAUUUAGGUCACUUAAUACUCUUGAUACAGCUAACCUCUGAGUUGAUUAAACGCUGAUACUUGGGAGUGUUCAUUUCCUACCAUUUUACAAUUUCAAGCGAUUUCAGUUGUAAGAAUCAAGCUGUGCCCGAGGCAGUCAAYCUCUGACAUAUCUCAGAGAGGAGUGUGGUCCAAUGCUUUUUCCAACUCCCAACUUAUAUUAGAGCAGUCUCACACACUGAGUGUAUAGUGUCAGACUUUAUAGGUUACUGGUGUUCAGGUGUUUUGGAAUAAGGUCCAUCGUUUUAUGACUUCAUGUAAAACACAAGUUAACCUUUGCACUUCUCAGUUAGGUAUUACAGGUUUCCAAAUGGCAAUCUGUUUGGACCUGUCUGGGUUUGCAAAGGCAUAUUGCAACAUCCCGAUGGCACAGUACUCAAACAGCUCCAGCCCCCUCCCAGAGGUCCUAGAGAGAUGCAGUUCUACAGCAAGGUCUARGCUGAGGACUGUGGCGACCCGUGUCUGUUGGACCUCCAGCAUCACCUCCCUAAAUACUUUGGCACCUGGUCCUCGCCUGAAUCUCCUGACGAGCUGUACCUGAAACUGGAGGACGUGACUCGGCGGUUCCAGAAGCCUUGUAUAAUGGARGUCAAGAUCGGCCAGAAYAGCUACGACCCCUACGCCUCCCAAGAGAAGCGGGACCAGCAGAUCAAGAAGUACCCUCUCAUGGAGGAGAUUGGCUUCCUGCUUCUCGGAAUGAGGGUGUACAAGAUCAACUCUGACGAAUAUCACUCGUAUGAUCAACAUUACGGGCGAGGCCUUCUCAAGGACACCAUCAAAGAUGGUUUAUCCAAAUUCUUCUCUYAUGGGAGGAGUCUGAGAAAAGACGCCAUCGCUGCCAGUAUCCUGAAGGUCCAGAACAUCCUGCGAUGGUUCGAGGGCCAGAGCCAGUUAACCUUCUACGCCAGCUCUCUGUUGUUUGUAUACGAGGGCCUGCCCCCUCCCAGCUUUGAGGGCCAUGUCUUCAGGGGCCCCCCAGAGAAGACUAUGUCUCCCGCUGAUGCCUGCUGCGAGCCCAAUGAAGAAGUGUUGGAAUACAACAACAACAUCCAGGUUGCCGUGCCGCUUGACUACAGCCUGUCCACCAUGUACGCCAUGUACAACAAGAAGGSCUGCACCCGGGGUCACCAUGGCAAUGCCACCGGAGCCAUCACGACAGGCCCCAACACCCAGGAGGACAACAGCACGUGGAAGUGCUCAGGUCUGGUGUCAGCAGAACAGCCCAACGGCAACGGUAUCAAAGCCCAACUGGAAGAGGCUGGGUUGGGGGUGGGAGGCCGGGGGGAGCCGCAUCCAGAGCAGAGGGCCAGCGAAGUGGAUGUGAGGAUGAUUGACUUUGCCCACGUCUUCCCCAGUGAGAGCCAGGAUCAAGGCUAUAUCUACGGCCUGAAACACUUGCUGGAGGUGCUGCAGCAGAUCCUCCACCAAUAACCUUCUCUCUUCAGUGGUGUCUCUGCCUGUCCAUUGGUUAAGUGUACCCAUCUGUCUUUUACUGUGUGAAUGGAGGAGUUGUAGCGCCCACAGUCCCUAUUCCCCUCGCCCUGUGAUUCUCUGCACUAUAUGCACUAUAUCGAUGAAGUCAUUACUCCAUAACUCUUUGUCCGAUGUAUGUGCUUCUUGAUUUUUAACCACUGUUAACAGGUAUCUAACUCAGGUAAAUGACUGUAACCAUUACUCACAGGAUUAUCUCUAAAGAGUACCCUUGAUUUGUUGGCUUGCUGAUCGUAUGUUGUAUGUUUUAUAUAGUUUUGCUCAAGUCUUUUCAGAUCUCAGAUUUCACAUCCUUUUGUCUUUAAAUUUUCUCAGAACGUUGACAGAAUMAUUCACAUUUUAACCAAGUUAUUAUACGCGUACAGAUUAAGUACUUUUAGCAUUGCUGUUCUCUAUAUAUUUUGCUGACAAAUUGCCUGUUCUUCUUAAAACCUGUGUCCUCGGCAGUGCUACUUUUUAAAUUAUGUUACCCAGAACAACAACAAAAAACAAGAACAAAAAUCUUGCAUAAUUUCAUCAGAUGGUCAUUUAGGUUCUGGGAGGAGAUGUUAAGAGAAAGAUACUAAUGUGACUUGCGAGGUCUCCCCCCCAAAUGAAAACUCUACAAGUUUCAGGCAKGUCUAUGGUCUAAAUGUCCCUUUCCCUUCUGCAAUUUGAAAGAUGCGAGCACCCGAGAAAGGGUGAUUUGUCCAAGUGAGAAARCAGUGUACCGGAACAAAGCUCCUCGUUAGUCGUCACAUCUCACAGUCCACAUUAGAUUAAGAUGACAUGGAUUGUCCUCCCUCUGCCCACUUGUACACUGUGUCGUGGUCUGUUUAAUUGUAAAGAAAUGCAAUACGCUACUCUGAUAAUGAAUUAACAAACUGCCCAGAGAGAGCUUGAGUUUGUUGAUCUAGUGAUUCAUGUUAGAAUGCCAAAGUACUGGUGGUUUUCGGAGAGAGGGCGCAAGGUGUGGCUAGUGUUCUAAACUUGAAGGCCUGGAAGUGAAUUAGAUCCUUGUGGUGUUGUCAGGGCCCUGACAGUGCUUCCACAGUGUGAUCUCCCUAUCAKGAUGGUGUCUCUUUUUUUGUUGUUGGUGAAGACAAAUGUUUUCCAUUUGCUUCUUCUUAACCAUGAUAGCUAUAAAAUGUCUAUGAUUUUAUUUUUAACAAAGAUAUGCAUAUAUUUUCAAAGAUAUGCAGACAAUGCUCCAUUUCUGUGUUUGAUUUGAAACUCAUACCAAAAGACAAAAAAUAAUUUUGGAUGAUACUCUCAACUUGACAAUUUAGUACAUAUUUGAAAUGGUAAGGAGGAAGAACCUUUAUGAGAAAUGUUUACAGUCUUUUAAAGAUAUUUCACUGUUAUUAUCACUGACUUGUUUCUUUUUAUUCCAUAUUAAUUUCAGACAUUUAUCAUUCUGGCAGCUUUUACAUUGUUACAUUUACUCAUAAUGUCUUUUAUUAUUGUUCCAACUCCUUAGCAAGCGACCAGCUUCAGCAUUUUGCACCAGGGCAUUGUUUGUUUUAGCAAAAUUCUCUAAAUUGUAGAUACUGAUUUACAUUACAGUAACUCUCAUCUUCAUGAAGUACUCAUAACCAACCUAUAAGCACUUUAAAUUCAACAUUUCAGAACAUAUAGGCUUAUGCUACUUUGUGUUUAUAGAUGUGCUAUGAGUGGUCCGUGUAUAUGGAAGUACAGUAGUGCAAAUCGUUACAGAAUAAGGUACCUCUAAGAUGGUUGUUUACAGUUGACAUGCUCUGCAGCUCCUUUAGACGUUGUGGUUGUAAUGCAUUUGACUCUAUACAAGGACUGUACGUUACAUCUUGGUACAGUCAAUUAUGAGUUGUUCUACAAUGAUUUGUGAUCUUGUUUACACACCAGUUCUAUUUUAAGGGUAAACCUGUGUCUUUUGAAUAGUUCAUGGACAGGAAGUUAACAAAUGUUUGUUUUGUAUUUGCUUAAGUCUGCUGUUCUUUCUUUUUUGUUCAAUAAUGCACUGAAAAACAAAUGAAUAUAGCCAAUGUAUAAAAUCUGUUCCUUUGCUGUGAACUAACCAAUGACUUUCCCUGUGUGGAAAAGUUGUGUAAGUUGUUUUCUAUAAUACCUGAUAGAAAUGUGGCAAGACUGGAUUUUGUCUUUAGACUUCAGCCAAUCAGAAGUGAGAUAAUGUUGUCAAUUUCUCUGUUUUGCAAACACUUAAACUUUUUUUUUUUUUUUUUUUGCAAACUGUAGCUAAGUAAUCAGAUAUUUGAUUCGCGGAAUCAGGUUAUUUUCCAGCUUGUAAUUAUUGUUCUGGCCCCUUAUUUACAAAGAGUCUCAGUGUGCUGAUAUUGGAUCAGUUUUGCCUAAGAUUUGCAUAAUGAAUAACAUAUGGACAGGGCGGGGGGCUGAUCCUAGAUCAGCACUCCUACUGAGACUUUGUAAAUACGAGCCCUGGGUUUCAUGCUUCUUCCUGUGGUCUGGAAUAAUAUGCAUUAGUGUCAGUGCUGUCAUAAUGUUCUCUAUGGAAAUACCCCAUGUAUCCUCUCAUCCCGUUGACUCUGCUGUCCGUCCGUCCUGACGGAAAGCUGAUCACGUCUGACGUAUACAGUAACAUGAAAUGCAGGGGAAAUUAUGAUGCAUCUGCUGUUUCMCUCAUAUCUGAUUGAAAUUGAUGACUAAUUACUACUUUUGUAAAUGACCUAUAUUAAUAUGUAUAAUAUGUAGAUGGAUUCAAUAAUGGCUGUAUAUUUGGCAGAUUAUUAUUAUUAUUACUAAUAAAAUGUAUUCCCAAUGAA